AUGGACAAUCUUUUCGAAUCGGAACUCUUUGUCAAGGCUGGCACCUUUGCCGUCACAGGUCUGGCCAUUACGGGUGGCUUGUACGUCUUGGGAUCUUCCUACCUCCGAUCCUUGUACGAAAAAUUCAAUGACGAAUUGAAGGAACAAGGCGUCGACAUGGACGACUUUUGCACGCCCAAACCCAACAAGGUCAAGAUUGCCGCCGGUCAUUACUUUCGCAUGGGAAAUCGUGUGGCGAAUACUACCAGUCCCAUUGCCCUGGAGGCUGUCAAGAGUACCCAUGUCGAGGGACUCUACGUCGCCCAUGCGGCGGGCUACAAGAAGAGUAACGAAAACGGAGAGGAUGGCGCCGAUGCGGCCAUUCCCAUGGACCAACUCUUGCCCAAACGUACUUCGACUGGUGCCAUUGACAAACGAUCCAAACAGACCAUUGUCGUGGCGACCAUUCGGAUGGGAUUUGGUCACCACCGAUUGGCCUAUUCAGCCUGUUCGUGGGCACUCAGCGAAAAUUACAAUACCGUUUUUCACGACUUGAUCAACAUUGAAUCCGAAGAGGCCACCUUGAUUCAUUCGGUCGAUGCGUUGUACAGUAAAUUUUCGCGUCUGGCUACCGAAUUGGGUGGACCGGUCGAAAAAUUGUGGGGCAUGGCCAUGAAGCAAGGUGAUGCGGAUGCCUUGCGAGUUGCCGCCAUGUUUGCCAAUCAUUUGCAACCCAUUUUGGGAGCCUAUCCCAAGGAUAUUCCCAUGAUUUGUACCCAUCAAAUUUGUGCUCUCUUGGCAUGUGCCUGUGGAUUUACCAAUGUGGUCAACUUGGUGGUGGACAAUUAUCCUCAAUGGUUCUUGGUCGUUCCCAAGACUUUGAAUUGCGUCCAAGGUCCUGUCAAUUAUCAAUCGUACAUUCGUUAUGGGGUGGACCCCAAGGCCAUGAAAUUGGCCGGACAUUGGUGUCCCGCCGAAAUGGUGACCAAUUUGGAGGCGGACACCAAACGACGACUGGACAAUUUGACCUUGCCGGCAAGUGAGAAACAACCCAUCCGAUUGGUCAUUCCCGUCGGUGGUGCCGGUGCCCAAAAGACCUUUAUUGUGGGUUUGAUCAAGGCCUUGCAAACCUUGUUGGAAGAAGGAAAGGUUCAAGUCUUUUUGAAUGCCGGUGAUCAUACCCACAUGAAGGCGGCCUUUCGAGAAUGUUUGGAAGAGACGAAGAUUGAUCACGUCGAAGUCAAUGAUACCAAGGGCGUCGAAGAAUUUGCUUCGACCCUUUUGAAGAAUCCCAAAACCUCCUUGAAACCAGUCACGCUCUUUGCCUUUGAGGAAUACUUUCCGGCCGUGGCCACGACGGAUAUUUUGUGUCGCUGUUCGGAUGUCUUGGUCUGCAAACCAAGUGAAUUGGCCUUUUAUGCCCUUCCCAAAUUGCACAUUCGUCGGGUGGGGGAUCACGAAGCGGAUUCGGCUCGUCGGGCCUGUGAGACGGGCGAUGGGACCAUGGAAGCUCGAACGGUGCAAGAUGCCCUCCAUGUCUUGCAACUAUGUUGCGAAUCUCCCGAUUUGUUGCAAUCCAUGAACGAAUGCGUCCUGAACAAUAAUAGCAUUGGCAUGUACGAUGGAUGCAAGAAUGCCGUGUCAUUGGCAAUCAAGGGUACCAUGGCGUAA